AAAAAAUAUGUAACAAAAGUAUAAAAAGGUAGUUUAAAGCAAAAACCUCCAAAAAAGGUGAAAACAAGUUAGGUUCAUAUAAAAGGAAAUCUUUUAAAACACAUUUUGGCAUUAUUGGUUUUCAAAUAGUUACAUCGGUUAAAAAAAGGUAAAAUAACUAAAAUCCCAUCCCUAAUGAUUACAUAUCAAAACCAAUUUCUUUAGUACAACCUGUACCAUCAACUUCAUCAUCUCAAGAUGAAAUAAUUUUAAAUGCCCCUUUAACAUAGAGAUGUGCUCGGAGAUGUGUUACUCCUAAAAAUGUUUAUCGAAGAAAGAGUAAUAUAUUACUAUCUAUUGGAUUAACUCGCCAAGCACAGCUUACACCAAAAAAAAAAGAGUUUGUACAAGCAGCUUACCAAUUUGAGGAAAAUUAAUUUUCAUUUAAAUUUAAGAAAAAGUAAUUUAAAAAAAAGAUUAUUUAUGGCCACUAAAUUUUACAAAAAAAAUAGCUUUGAAAAUCUGGUACAUGAUUUAAAGCCCAUUCAAAAACGUUUCUUUGAAUGCCAGUUGGAAAAUGCGAACAAAAAACAAAAGGUCGAAGAUAUACAGAAAACGAUAAAGUUUUUGCUCUGGCACUUUUAAAACAAACAGGUCCUGCUUAUAAAUACCUGUCAAAUAUAUUUAGUUUACUAUCAAGACAAACAAUAUUAAAAUUUUUAAGCAAGAUAACGAUAAGGCAUGGCUUCAAUAAUGUUAUUUUUGAUGCCCUAAAAGCAGAAUCAAAAAACUUUAAAAAUGAUCUAGAUAAAUAUGGCAUGCUCAUUUUAGAUGAAAUGUCCAUUUUAACCCAAUUAGGUUAUAAUCGUAAGGACGACAAGGUUGUUGGAUUUGAUACAACUGAGACUGAUAGUAGUGAGUUUGCAAAUCAUGCGCAGGUGUUUAUGGUUCGAGGAAUUAGGCAGAGGUGGAAACAACCAAUGUUGAUUAAUUUUCAUGCUGGGCCAGCAAAAAGUUUAUAUAUUGCCAAUACUAUAAAAACUUUAGUGAAAAAACUAAAGGAAGCAGGAUUCAUUGUGUGCUCAGUUAUUUGUGAUCAGGGGACAAAUAACUGUGCUGCACUUUCAUCCUUAGUUAAACAAACAAGGGAAGAAAAACUAAGGAGGGGUGAGGAGAUGGACAUAUCAGAAUUUUUCUUUGAAGUUGAUGGACAAAAAAUAAUUCCUCUCUUUGACCCGCCCUACUUAAUAAAGUGUGUAAGGAAUAACUUACUAAAAAAUAAUUUAGUAUAUUUUUCUAAUGGAAAAAAUAAAAUUGCAAAAUAGAAUCAUUUGGUAACAGCAUACAAAAUGGAUCCAUACUUUGGAAGUUUAAGAAGUAUGCCAAAGCUCACUGACUUCCAUGUUUUACCAGAAAAAAAUAAAAAAAUGAGAGUUUCACUCUGUACACAGGCAAUGAGUAGAACAGUGGCAGUAGCUAUUAAUUUAAUGGCCUGUUCAGGUAAAACUGUUCAAGUAGAUGGGGAAGUUUUAAAAAUGGAGAAGGAGGCUGUGGAUACAGCAGAGUUAUUUGAAUUUUUUGAUAACUUGUUCGACAGCCUUAACUCUGUAGGAAGAUCCCCAAAAUCUCUAAGAAGACCAGUUCGGGAAAACUCGCCUCAUUUUCAAUUUUGGGAGGAGGCUAUCAAAAAACUCCGUAAAAUGGAGUUUGUCAAUGAAAAUAACAAAAGCAUAAGACCACCUUAACAAUUUCAUUAAGACAAUAAAAAAUUUCAAUGGUUUAUUUCAACUUUUAAGGGGAUAUGGUUUUGAAUUUAUGAAAACCAAGAUCCCCUCGAAAACUUUUUUGGACAAAUGCGCCAACAUGGGGGAAGAUAUGUAAAUCCGACAUGUGAGGCCUUUACAUUUUUUUUUUUAAAAGCCUACUUAUCAAACAUUUGUCUUCUAAACAUUCUUCAGGAAGUAAUAGUGAGGACGAUAAAAAUGACAUAUUUACUAUAUUUUUUUACUUUUAGGAUUCACAAAAUAAUGAAGAGGACCUUGGAUUUGGAGAACCACAUUUGGAAAUUCAUUUUCCUGAGCCUAAUGAAAUUCAAUUUAUAGAAAGCCAGGUUUUAAGUUAUGUUUUAGGCUUUCUUUUAAAAAAAAUUAAACCUAUAUUAAUUAAAUGUAAAAUGUGUAGAGAAAAAUUAUUUACGAAUGCACCAGGUAAAGACCAUACCUUUGUAUCCAAAAAGGAGUACAAUGCUAAUUCCAGGAGCCUUAUUUAUGUUCACCCAAAUUUUAAAAAACAGUUAUGUUCCAUGUAGGUAUAUAUAUUGUAUAUAUUGGAACAAAAACAUAUUUGAACAAUAAUUUAAAUAAAAACAAUAUAAUUUCCUCCUUAAGGUUAUCAAUAAAUAAAAAAGUUUUUACCUGCGACAAACAUAUUCAUUUCAAUAGAAUAGUUGUUAAUAAAUUUAUAAAUGUCAACCUAUUUAAUUAUAUCAAACAAAUAAACAAUAUUUUAAAUUUAAAAGAUGGCCGUAAGUUGACUGCCACUGCUCCUAAAAUAUUUGUUAAGGCAAGAAAUGUGGCUUUGAAAAAAUUUCAUAAAAAAAUGUUUAAAUAUUAAAAACCACCUAUUUAAUUUUAUAAUGUACAGGUAAACUAUAUAUUUAUUUGCAUCCUACAGGCCGAUGGCCAAAUAACAGUGUAUUAUAAAUUAUAAUUACAAUUUAUUUAUAUUUUUAUCUCAGAACUUUAUCUUAAUCUAUAUCCCAUAUCCUGAUCUUUUGAGUAGGUAUGCAUAUUUUAUUUUAUACCUAAAUGGAGUAAAACUUCUCUAACUCAAAUUUAAAGGGACCAGAAAAAAUUUAUAUUGGAGGAAUCCAGUUUUGCUUAUAGAAAUAUUUGAGUGAAAGAAAUUUGAGUUAGGGCAAAUACAUCUAAAAUGGCCUAAACAUCAGUGUUUGUGAAAAAAAAGUUAAGUAUACUUAUUUGUUUUAUUGCAUAUUAUAACAAUUAUUGUUAAUUAACUUCCAGGGUUUAAUAAUGUAAUAACUAUGUUAAUUUAUUA